GCGGUUCUGCCAUUUGUAUUGGCCCACGCCCGACGCGUGCGCGGCGCGUGAGCAUCCCCCAACUCCUUCCCCCAAAUCCGCCCCCCACCGCCGGCAAACCCCACCGUCUCCUCCCCGUAGCCGGCGGCCGCCCUCCGACGCCCCUCCUCCGCCGCCCGCUGGCGUCGCCGCCUGAGAUGAGCGGCAGCGCGGCGAAGCGCGUCGGGACGCCGCUCUGGCCGAGGCGGAGGGCAGCCCCAAGCGCCCGCGGAGCAGCCGCCACCCCUCGCUCUCCCCCUCGCCGUCGCAGGCGCGCUCGCAGGCGCCCUCGCCCUCGCAGUCGCGCUCGCGGUCGCGGUCGAGGUCGCGGCUUCCCCUGGCGCGGUCGUCGCCGCCGCCGUACAUAGGGUCGCCCUCCUACGCCCCGUACGACGACCGGAGCCCCAGCCGCAGCUACAGCCGCAGCCGCAGCCGCGUCUCAGAGGAGACGGACGGGAACGGGCGGCCGGUCUGGAGGCCGCACUCGUACCGGGAGCACAGCGGCGAGCACGGGGACGGCGAGUACAGCGUCCGCAUCGCCGACUACGACCGCCUCUUCGUCUGCCGGAGCUGCCACCGCAUGCUCUCCACGCCGGUCUACGAGUGUCCGGACGGGCAUGUCACCUGCUCGAGGUGCCGCGACAACAUCGGGGACAACCGCUGCAACUACUGCGCUGCCAAUGGCUGCGUGCGCAGCCGCGCCGUCGAGGAGUUCCUCGGCCGCAUCAGCUUCUCCUGCCGCAACCAGCAGUACGGCUGCGAGGUGUUCCUGCUGCACCAUGAGAUGCGCGUGCACGAGCGCACCUGCCACUACGAUCCCUGCUUCUGCCCCGUCCAUCGCUGCGGCUUCGCCGGCCCGGCCUACGACCUGGAGUCCCACCUCGCCACCAUCCACCGCUGGGAGGUGAUCAACUUCCGCUACGGCGAGAGCUUCCAGGCCCCUGCCUUUGACUCUGCCAUCUUCCGCUGCGAGGACUACGGCGAGCUCUUCCACAUCAGCAGCUCCCGCGAGGGCUUGGGCACCGCGCUCUCCAUGAUCUGCAUCCGCCCUGACAACGCCUUCGAGGAGGAGUUCACCUACGAGCUGAAGAUGCCGGCGGGUGGACGGCGCCACAGGCUGCAGAUUCAGUCGACCGUGUGGAACACUUCGCUGCGGUACGGGGUCGGUGAGGGGAGCGACGUCUUCCUGCUGGUCCCUGACAAGCUGCCCGGCGUCGAGAAUGGCUGUGUCGUGGAGGUGUGCAUCCGCAAGGUGGUGGCUGGUAACUAGCACAAGCUGUGUGCUGAUCUGGACCGUCAUUGUCGUUGUGGUUGCAGCAUUACCUGUCUGGUUCUAGGAUAGGAUUAAUGUCUGCCUGCUAGAGUUCUGUUCAUAGCCGAGUAAACUUGAGCGGCAUCCGUGUUGGUGAAUUCGUUAGUCGUCGAUGGAUCUUCUGGUAAGUGAGAUGGAAGCAUAGGCACCCCUUGCAGUCGCUGAUGCAGGAAACUGUCUGGAUAUUGUCUUUUCUGAGGAGGGUGAAUUGGGAUUUGCUGAAUUUGCUGUUAA